UAAAAGAGUUAUUAUAUCGUGAGGAAAAUUGUUCCUGAAUUGAAAUCUCUGGUUCCCCCUGAGAUUUUCCAGGUCCAUGGAAUCACAAAGCACCCAGAAGCUGAAAAACCCUCCAAAACCACCCCACAAUCCCAUCUCCGAGCUAUGGUGGUUCUUCGCCGCUGCCACCUGCGUAAAGCUGCUUCUGAUCCCAGCCUACAGGAGCACAGACUUCGAGGUCCAUCGCCAUUGGCUUGCCAUAACUCACUCUCUUCCUCUCUCUCAAUGGUACUUGGACGAGACCAGCCCUUGGACUCUGGACUACCCUCCAUUCUUUGCCUACUUCGAGCGCUUCCUCUCCAUUUUCGCAAACCUCAUUGACCCACAAAUGGUCCACCUCCAGAAUGGCCUCAACUACAGCUCAGACACAGUGGUUUACUUUCAAAGAGUUUCGGUUUGUGUUUCGGAUUUGUGUCUUUUGUAUGGGGUUUAUAGGUUGACUAGGAAUUUGGAUCCGGUGAGGCGAAAACUGAUCUGGGUUUUGGUUGUUUGGUCUCCAAUGCUUGUGGUCGUGGACCAUUUGCAUUUUCAGUACAAUGGGUUUUUGCUUGGGGUUUUGCUGAUUUCGCUUUCGUAUUUGGAGGAAGGGAGGGACUUGAUGGGUGGGCUUGUGUUUGCUGUUUUGUUGUGUUUUAAGCAUUUGUUUGCGGUGGCGGCGCCGGUUUAUUUUGUGUACUUGUUGAGGCAUUAUUGCUGGAAAGGAUUGGUGAAGGGCUUUGGGCGUCUUUUGAUAUUGGGGACUGUGGUUGUGGCUGUUUUUGCAGUGGCAUAUGGUCCAUUUGUUUAUCAUGGGCAGAUAAAACAAGUCAUCCACCGCAUGUUUCCUUUUGGCAGGGGACUUUGUCAUGCAUAUUGGGCACCAAAUUUUUGGGUGUUUUAUAUCUUACUGGAUAAAGUUAUAGCUUUCUUUCUUGGAAGACUUGGAUUUAAAAUUCAGGCACCAGCAGCUUCAUUUACUGGCGGACUAGUUGGUGAUUCGUCCCCUUUUGCUGUAUUGCCUCAGAUUACACCGGCGAUAACCUUUAUCAUGGUUCUGCUUGCAUUAUCUCCUUGUCUCAUCAAGGCAUGGAGAGAUCCAAGACCAAUGAUGAUUACAAGAUGGGUAGCCUAUGCUUACACAUGUGGUUUUUUGUUUGGGUGGCAUGUUCAUGAGAAGGCAUCACUCCACUUUGUCAUCCCCCUUGCUAUCGUUGCAGUACAGAAUUUGGAUACUGCGAGGCAUUACUUCUUUCUAUCAAUUGUGUCAUGCUAUUCACUGUUCCCGCUGCUAUUUGAAUCCCAGGAAUAUCCAAUAAAGGUGCUGUUGUUAUUACUACACUCCAUGCUAAUGUGGUUGGGUUUCUCUGCACAAUUUACUAAGGAUAAAACACUGGAAAUGGCACCAUCUGGAAAGAACAAAGAUAGUCAUUUGGAAUUAAACAGAUCCGUUAUAGCUGCCCAGAAAGGAGGCUUUGAUAUUGGGUGGGUGGUCUGGAGCUAUCUGGUUGGUCUGUUGCUUGUUGAGAUUUGGGGCCAGUUUCUGCAUCCUAUUUUUCUUGGUGCUAAGCUUCCUUUUUUACCCCUUAUGCUGAUCUCUGUAUACUGUUCAGUAGGGGUCAUGUACUCUUUCCUUUGGCAGUUAAAACAUAUCCUUGUUUCAUAAUUUUUCAGGUUUUUACCUAAUCCCCUUUAUAGUAGUCUGAAGUGAACUUUGCGUUAAUCGUCGACAUUGUUCUCUCUCUUUGACCGGAGUUUGUGAAAGUACUGCAUAUCUAUAGGUACAGAAAUACACGUAUACCCUGACAAAUUGUAAGGUACUCUGACUGGAUAGUUAUGGCAACAUAUUCAUAUAUGAUUUCA